AUGGAGACGUUACGAGUCGAUUUGAUAGAAAAGUCUUGCAGUCGUACAACUAAUCAUGAUCUGUGUGUCGCAUCUCUUCGGUCGGAUCCUCAAAGUUCUAAAGUAGAUAUCAAAGGACUUGCCCGGAUAAUGUUCCGGGUGACUUUGGUUAAAGCCAGGACUAUCUUACAACAAAUUCACCAUCUGAACGAUCAAACGACAGAUCCUAUAUUGAAGACUUAUUUUCUUAAUUGCAUUGACCAAUAUGAGUCUGCCGUGUUUACUGAUAUUCCAGGUGCAUUUAAAAGCUUGGAUUCCAACGAUUACGAACAAGGAAGUACAUAUGGUGUUUAUGUUGGCAGCGAUACAGAAGAAUGUGAAGAUGGUUUUCAAGGACCACCCGAACCUCGUAAAUCACCAUUAACAAAUGAGAACAAGGCUCUAUUUAAGCUGUCAAGAGUAGCAUCAGAACUUGUCUACAUGCUGAUUACCAAGCUGGUGGUCUAUGGUUGA